AUGGCUAGCAGUGAUUGUGAGCAGUCUUCUAGUUUUAUGUCCCCACACCCUGCCCAGUUCGACAGGGCAAUUCCAUUUAGAGAAUCUAAAGGUCCUCUUGGUCCUUUCAAAGCUACAAAGAUCUGGCAUGAUUUGAUUGAUCAUCUAAAGUCAAAAGUGGAGCUGAAACGUCGCCGUCAUAAAAUGAAAUCCAUCGAUUCAUGUUUUACAGGCACUGAUGCUGUUGAUGUUGUCCUUCAUUUUCUCCUCAAUGAUAGGGACACAUUUUCUGCAGAUUUGUCGAGAGAAAAGGCUGUAAAGGUUUGCCAAAUGUUGAUGCAGCGGAAGGUUAUUGCUUCAGCUGUAGACAAGCCCAGCCUGGAUAAACCGUGUGUGUUUGAGGACAGCAGCAGUAAGCUGUAUCAGUUUAUAGGGGAGUAUGCGGUUGAUGGAGAACCAGCUGAAGCUGCAGAGGAAGAAGAUGAACAUGAGUGUAACAGUACCCAGAAUUUAACCUACAGCUCUGACAGACUGAGGUUAUCAGAACAUUUUGAACCAGAGGAAGAGCCGCAUUCACCCAACACAGACACUCCAAUUGGAAAUAGAAGUCCCACGUCAUCGGUUGAAAGUUUACCCUAUUUAAAUGUGACCCCAGGAAGGCUAGUAAAGAAAUUAACUGAGGAUGAAGUGGAGGAUGUUUGGAGGGAGGUUGCCCUGAUGCAACUGCUGACACUUGUUGAGCUGACAUUUUUGGAUGGCAUUCUCAGUGAAGAUAAACGCAACUGCCAACAGAAACAGCGAGAUCAUCUGAUCAUCUCUAACAUUGUGGCCCACAACUGGCAUCUUCCCUUGAUACCAGGUGUUACAGAUAGUCGUUCUGACCCUCUCCUACUGAGUGCAAUGGAAUGCAUUGAAUUCCUUCCUAAAGGUUUACAUCUUUUAAGUGAGCCUGUGUUCAGACGCAGAGGUCUGGAAGCCAAACUGUGGGCCAAGGACAUCAUCAUGAAACACUUCACCAGUCUGGAGGAAACCCUUCUGCCACCCAAGUAUCUAGAGAUACAUAUGGCCAUUCUGAACCUGGUCUUGUCCAGCAACUUUGAUACAGCCCUGUCUGCUCUGCAGCUUUAUGUGAUCCUAUUACCUGUGGCCAUCAGGGAAGAACUGUAUAGGCUACUGAGGUUCAUGAGGUCACUGGCCGCUGAUUCAGCAAUACGGCUGGAUCCACAGGUGUCCAAUGAGAUUUCAGUACUAGUCCUGCUAACAGAUCACAUCUUUAAGCAUAAACUUCUAGCAUCUAAUGUGGCCCAAAAGCUGGUUCAGUUUAUGAUGAACAAUGUGAACAAAAUAUUUACAGUCCCAAAAGACAUCAGGCAGAGAGUGGCAGUCCGACUGUUCCAGCUGAAGACGGGGAAACCUUUGCUGGAGUGUGAAUCCAGCUAUUGUGAUAGAGUUUCUAAAGAGGAAUUUGAAAGACAGUCAAAAGACCUCACAGAGGAAUCUUUGGUCAACCUGAUGAAUGCAGUGCUAGAUGACACCAACAUUUCACUAAAAGAAAAGAAGCAGCGGCUGAAGCAGUUUCAGAAAUCUUACCCACAACUUUAUGAACAGAAUUUUGAAGGCAUGUUGUAA